AUGGCAUUAAUCAAUCUGAACGAGGAUACCAAAGAGCGAGUCAACCAAGUCACUGCAGCGAUCAAGACGAUCCUCCAUUGGACUUGGAUCCCAAUCGUACUGACGAUCGGAUUCAAGAACAGUAACCCAAAGCCAUCCCUCAUCAAGUCUGUCACUCCCAGAUCUCUCAUCACCUGA